AUGACCACGUUCCAGACAAACUUCUGCUUCGGCCAGCUUCCGGAGAAAAAACACCGCUCUUUCAACCCCCAGGUGGCCUCGGCUCCUUUCAACGCCUCUGCAAAUAAUGACUUUGGUUCUUCUCCUUCGUCCAACUCAUCUUCUCAGGAGGACUUGUUGCCUGACUUGUGGCUGGAGCCAGCUCAGAAACAACUCCGUCCCGAUUUCGUAGGCUCCCACAACCCUCUUGUGGGUGCCCCCAUGAACAUGCCUGUGGCGAGCCCUACUACUACGCCUUUUGGUGCUCAGGCCCAGCACCAGCAGCAGUACUUGUACAAUGCUCCAAAUACAGCAUUUGCGCCAGGUGCUUUGGUUGGUGGACAGGCCACGUCUGUUCAGCAGGCCCCAAGAACAAAUCCUAAUCCUUUGCUUUCGCAGGUUCAGCAGACAUCCAUGAUGAGAGAGGCGUCGCUUGAGUACGCCCAGUCUCUUCUUCCUCAUUCGCUAUUGGCGCCUCUUACCGAGGAGAACUUGGACUUGAACUCUCAGAGAUCGCUGAGUCUCAGCUACAGCCACCUCCACAUGUCUCCUGCUGAUGAGUUGCUCAACUUUGAGCAGCAGCAGGCUCAGAAACAGGCUGCUCCCCGCCCCCAGGCUCGCUCUUUGGACAUGGACUUAAAGAGCAAGAAAUCAUCCACUUCUUCUAUCUCGCUGUUGUCCUCUGACAAUGAACAUCAUCACCAUUGCCAUAAGCUGAGACACACUUCUGUAUCUUCGACUCACUCUGGCUCACCGAAGCAAAAGAACAUCAAUACCCAGUUGUACAAGACUGAGUUGUGUGUCUCGUACAUGAAGAUGGGGGUGUGUCCAUAUGGCAGCAAGUGCCAGUUUGCUCAUGGUGAGGAUGAUUUGAAGACUGUCGAAAGACCAGCUAACUGGAGAUCAAAGCCCUGUGCCAACUGGGCCAAGUUUGGCUCCUGUCGCUAUGGAAAGAGAUGCUGCUUCAAGCACGGAGACUAA